UCCCGUCGCGUGCGAAACGCUGACGCAACUGCAAAAUUCCGCGUAGGACGAACUCGGUCGAAGGAAACACACCUUCAGUACCGAAGGCUCGGUUCUUCGAGCCGGGCAGUACUUCCAUGUACCGUUUGCGAUAGUUAAGUGAGCCAAGAAACGCCUGGAGAUGACUUCCGGGAUAAUCAAUGUGACCCUCAACCGCGAUGGGCCAUCUACUCCGUGGGGUUUUCGACUCCAUGGGGGCAAGGAUAUCGGCUUUCCCCUGGUCAUCCAACGAGUAUUCCUGGGGAGUCCAUCGGAAGGUGAACUACAAAGAGGGGAUACCAUCCUUCAAGUUCAAGGCCGUGAUGCUGGGGACCUGACGCAUAUGGAUGCCUAUGACCUCAUCAAGGCUGCGGGCACAAGACUGCAGCUCCUCAUUCGCAGGUUACCUGGCGCUCCUCAAACCCCUACUACACCUAUAAGCCCGUUGCCAACAACCGAAGGCAUGCAUCCGUAUGCAAAGUUACUCCGGGAAACCGAAUCUUCACGAACACUACCGAGGGCUCCCAUGUUUCAGCCGAUGUCACCACCGAGAGCAACUCCUCAACCUCCUCAUCCAACUUAUCAACCCAUAAAGAAUUACAGCUAUUCGCCUUUGCCCACCACUCCUUUACCGGAUCGCACGCCAGUUGGAGGAUUUUUUACUCCAACUCCAAGAACCUUAGCUGAUGCAGAACUCAAGGAAUAUGUAGUAGAGAAGUAUAAAGAAAAAGAAGCCAUUACUCACCAGGGCUAUCGAACGUUGCCUUUGAUUGCUCCGAAGCCAAAGACACGGCACGAUAUUCCAAUGGGCUCCUACCUGCGACAUGUGCACGAUCCGAACUGGAAAGGAAGAUCAACAGUACAGCCGUCCAAACCUGUUUUUGUGAACAGUUUUCCAACGCCAACUUAUUCAACUAUAGGAACGUACACAGCAAAACCCAAGGCUCUGCCCCCAGGAGCUCCCACUUUCGAGCGCCCCUUAGACGAAAGUUCUCAGCUAGUUCACCAUCAAUACAACUCUCCUCUCUUUCUUUAUUCGCAGAAGAACGUCGAAGAAACGAUUAAAGAACAAACUGGGGUUAACUCCCCCAGCCUCACGAAACCUAAGCUUACUGUUGGAAAUCCUGCAUCGUCCACGCAAGGUCCAUUGUCGCCUGGAACACCCGGCACUCUGGCACCGGCUAAACCUGGUACCAAGCUAACAAAUAUCGUGGACAUCACGCUGUCCCCCACCUUCCAGAUGCUUCAAGAGGAGGAAAAGAGGAGAUCCGCCAGUCCAGAAGUCAGGACUCCGACUAUGCCACGUAGGGCUCCAGGCCCAGCUGUGACAGAAGUUCGAGGUCCUAAGCCUUACGGUUUCGAAGAACGAAUCAACGCUUUCGGAUGUCCAAAAGAGGUCAUUCAUCAAUCAGGGAGCUUCAAGACGCUGAUGUCUGCUUUGUCCAACCCUGAACAAGCAUGAUGCCCAAAUGUGUGCCUGACAUGAUGAAUUUCUUUCUUUAUUGUUGAAAAUGAAUCUGCAGCACUCUGCUUCUUGCUUCCCUCGUUUUUGCCUAUUAUUAAAUUUGAAAAAAAAAAGCA